AUUUUGUUGUUAGUUUCGCGCCAUUUCACGUACCGAAUGAAAAGAAGAGUGAGGGAUCAGGGAAAGGGUAUUGUGAAUGGCUAACAAUGUUUCUCAGUGACCUCAAACGCGAGUUUUACGAUGUUAUAUUGGGAAAACGUGUCUUGAUAUUUGUGAAUUUCGACGUGGAUGCCAUAGCUUCAUGUCGAAUUCUGCAGUACCUGUUACUUUGUGAUUCAAUCAGCUAUUCUAUAGUCCCUGUGCAGAGCCAAAAUGAUCUCAUUUCAGCCUACAAAGAGAGCUGUGAACAGUCAAACCACAUUAUUCUGAUAAACUGUGGAGGAACUUUGGACAUUGUAGAAACAUUAGAACCAUCAGAGGAAAAAAUCUUCUAUAUUGCAGACUCACAUCGGCCAUAUGAUGUUUGUAACAUCUACAACGAUGGACAGGUUUGUAUACUGGGAAAGGUAAAUGAGAAAGAAGAUAUACCAACAUAUGAAGAUAUCUUUGGGAAUGAUGAUGACGAUGAUGAUGAUGAGGGCAGCAAUCCUUCAGAUGGAGAAGCAAAUGGUGAUGGUGAUGAUGAUGAAGAAGAAGUUCGUGAAUCUAAAUCCAAACGUCAGAAAUUGGAUCCUGCUGAAAUGGUUAUGCGUCGUAGAGAAAAAAGGCUAUGGCAUGAGAAAAGAAAGGAGAUUUUGUUUAACUAUAUGCAAUUUUCUUUUUAUUCAUCGUCGACUGCUCUUCUUAUGUUUGAACUUGCCUGGAAAUUAUCUAGAGACAGCAAUGAUUUGUUGUGGUGGGCUAUUAUCGGUGUGAACGAACAGCAGCUUCUGGGUAAAGUCGAAUCAAAAACCUCGGUUCUUGAUAAUGGCAAGUUGCAAAGUCACAUGAUUCGAUUGGCCCAUUUAUCGCAACACGGUGGAGAAUCGACAGGAACCAAAGACGCACUGUAUAUAACCCACGAAAAAGAUUUAAAUUUGUCGAUGUACCGACACUGGAGUUUAUUGGAAAGCUUAAAAUACUCUCCUCAAACAGCCAGUCAUUUUCAACUUUGGACACUGAAAGGAGAGAAAAAACUCAACGAGUUUCUAGCUGGAUUAGGGCUUCCACUGUCUCAGUGUCGCCAAAAAUUUAACUCUAUGGAUAUCGAGCUUCGGAAUGAUUUGCGUGCCAUUUUCCAGAAAAAAGUUGAAAAAUACGACUUGGAAGACCUCGUUGAAUACAGUUUUAAUUCUCAGUAUGGAUUUCGGCCAAAGAAUUCCGCCAGUGACUAUGUCUACGCCCUUAUAGCGUUGCUUGAUUCGGCCGAAAAGGAUAAAGAUCCAGCCGAUGCAUUUCACGACGCACUGGAAUGUCUUUCAAACUCGAAAAUGGAUGCUGUUUAUAAAGGAAUCGAACUGGCCAAGCUGCAGCAAAUGGCGAUCGGAAAAGAAGUGCACACCUGUCUGGAUAUGGGUCACGUGAUCAGCGCAGGACCUUGUUUGUACGCAGUUAUCCAAGACGGGACACCAGACGCCAAGUACUAUGGUUAUCCGCACAGUUUGCUCAUGCUGGGACAGUUUCUUCUCAAAGCCCACAUCUCGCGAGCACGAGGUCGUGGAUUGAGAGCGAGAGAGCUUCCACUCAUCAUUUCAGCCCCAUCGGCGUCUCGACCAUCUCAUUGCCUUUUAUUGGGUUUGCCUCCUUUAUCAUUGGAUUCCCCCAAAAACUUGAUUGGAAAAGCCUUUGAGCAAGCAGCUGAAAACACCCAAACAGAAAUCACAUCUGUAUUUUUUGACUCCUCCGUGAUCGAGAUCAACUCGGAAUGCCGAACCAAUUUCUUGGAUUCGCUCUUUUCACUCCUAGAAUAACACAAAUUUACCGAACCCGAACGGUCAAAAUGGGAUUAGUGAUUCACAUCAAACGAGUAUCCUUUUUCUUCUUAUUCUUAUUUAAGGCUGUACUCCCUCUAGAGAAUUUUCUCUCCUUUUUUUUUUAAACAUGCCAUUCUUGAUUUUAAAACAGUGUGUAGAAUUUCGUUGGCGAUUUCCCGUGCAAAUGAUAUAUUAUCGCCGAUUAUACAUCCUUUAUUGCAA